GCGCCUUUAUUCAAUGACUGGAGUCGUUUAUUAGUAUUCCGCUUUUGGAUAUAAUCAGUAAAUGUCGAUAAACAUAUCUAUUGACGAAACCCCAUGCGAAAUCGAAUAAGGAGUGCAAACUACAUCAAGCAUUUGCACGGUGCGGCUGCAAGCAUCUAUCUCGAGAGAAACAAACUCUAAACAGCAACUGAGAUCGGGGUACUUUUUUUCUCUUGAUGCAAAUCAACUUUUUUGUAGCAAUGAUUAUCCAGUAAAUUCCGCCUGCUUUCUACGAUUGACUGUUUCACGAUCAUUCAAAAUCCAGGUCGUGUCUCUGUGGAUUUACAUUGCCCAGUGAAUCGAAAUGUUUUUAGUGUGUAAGGGGCAAAGGUUGAGUGCUUGAAGAACGCAACUGAUUGGCUAAGGAGAUUUUUAGCUGGGAGAUACUUUGAAUAAUGUCACACCUGCUCAGGUCUUCGGGCUGUUCACUUCAAAUAACAACAGUCUGACAAGAUAGACAGAGAACAUUGAAAACCGCUCGGGUAUAAUUUUUAGCCCUUCAUCGCUUUCCAAUUGAUAUUUAGAGCAUAGUAUAUCAACAGACAUAACAGAUAUGAUUGAAGGUAGAGUUGUGCUGUCUUCAAAGCCUGAAUACGUCUUGGAUUUUGAUAAGUUCAAGCGACAAGGCGAAGAUUCCGAAAGUGGAAAUCUGAAGAGUAAGCUGCUCAAAGCUGCAAUGAAUGCAUGGAACCUUAAGCAAGACGACACAGGGUCCCUUUUAUGGGCCCUUGAGCUGUUCCAAUUGUUAACCUUGCAAAUCCAACCCAACAACCUGCCAAGAUUUCCGUAUGAAGAGAGCCAAAUUAACGUAUGGUUUUCGUACUCCAGAGACUGCAAUCAGAACUUGCCUAAUGUUAUGAUGAUCAACCUCGAUUCGCACGGGAAGGAGACGAAUGCCCAUCAUUUGCAGAACGAGCUUCAGUUUCCUGAUGGUCUAUUGGAGGAGGAUCACCGUCUCUUCUACCAUGGGACGAACCACAUGAGCGCUCAGUCGAUCUUACGAUAUGGAAUCCUCCUCGAAAAAUGCCGCCCGCGACUUGACUUUAGCGUGUCUCGUGGAUUCUACUUGAACAACAACUUUGACGAAGCGAAGAAAUGGGGAUUCAGUAGAGGGGGCGGGAGCGGGAAAUGCGCAGUUCUGGUAUACAGAAUAAAGCAGAACAUUUUAAAUGAACAAAAUCACGUGGACCUGAGGGGACAAGACAAGGAAGAAAAAUGGGGGCGAAUAGUCAGUGGAUGCAGAAGUGGCAAUAGAAUAAUAUCUGAGGGAAUAGCUAGGGAACUAAGUGGGAAGGAUUUUGUGCAAGGACCGAUAGCCGGACUAUCAAAGAGUGCAGGACAACGUAGUUUCUAUAUUAAGAAAGGCAGUUAUCAAUUGUGCUUACUGACGGAUGAUCUAGCGAGUACUUUUAAUGGUGCGCUGCAUUCUGUCGUAUUUUACACCAGCGACUAACACGCUAAGGACGGACACAAUGAGAACAUUGAGCCACAUUCAAAUGGAUGAAUGGUACAAUAAUACAUUGGGUUAUAACUUUAAACAUUGAAUUUACGAGACUAACGUUUGUUUGUGGUUAUGACUCGAUUUACAAUAAAUCAAUAGGUAAACCCAUCAA